ACACAAACUGAGAGACUCCUCAGUCCUCAGACUCAGUGUUUUUUGUUUUUUUUUUACCCACUGCUACCUUCUUAUCAUUUUCAGCGUGUAUGACCCUCUGCAGGCUGGGUAACAAUGAAGAUUUGGAUAUGUAUACAGCUGUGCUCUGUAAUUCUGUCUGAAUCUACGGACUUGAAAACUGCCCCGGAAAUAUCAAUCCAACUACUGAAGAGCCAGUACAUCUUUUAAUUCCUAUAAACAUCGGGGAAACUAACUUUUAUGCCAAGAAAGAGCAACUCUAGCUGAAUGAAGCCAAUUAGCAAAUAAUUUUUUCAAAACGGAAAGAAAUAGCGUAUUUUAGCAUACUUUACAACAACAAUAUUUAACAAUGUCAAAAACCACUGAAAUCCUCAACUUGUCCUAUUUGUUGGACCAGGAGAAAGAAGCUAUCAUGGCAGUUUUGCAGAGAGAUGAACAUUUAAAGAAAAUAGAAGACAAACGAGUAAGGAAGUUAAAAAAUGAGCUUCUUGAAAUCAGACGAAAAGGUGGUCGUCAUCGGAUUCGGCCUCAGAAUAAUCAGAAGAUUUGCAUACGCUGUCAGAAGAACUUGGGGUUGAUCUUUGACCGAGGGCAAGUGUGUCCCAACUGUCAGCUACGGGUCUGCAAUGCUUGUCGUGUUGUGGUUAAGGAUGGAGCCUGGAAAUGCACAAUAUGCGCCAAAAUUACACAGCUAAAAAUAGUGACUGGCGAGUGGUUUUUUGAAGAGAAAGCUAAACGCUUCAAAAAUUCCAAUGUCCUUGGAAGUGAUGUGGUCAAAAAGUCCAUCAUGAGAAAAUCAGUGGCUCCUAAAAGGGUUGAAGAAGAAGCAGAAAAGUCAGCGAAGACAGAUACAAAGGACAGCACUACAAUGAACGACUCUUCAGGAAAUCCACAAAACGAUACAAGAACUCUGGACAAGAAAAAAACGCCCGGAAAAGCAGAUGACACAAGAAGUAUUCGUUCAAUCAUUGAUACUCAGAGUCUGCGCAGUACCCGUUCAGAGCUUCAAUCCGAUGGAGUGCUUGACAAAAAGUCUGGGAAGCAAAUUAGAAAUGGAGAUGACGGCAGUAUUCAUUCACAACAAGAAACACGAAGCAUGCGCAGCACCAGAUCAGUGGCGCAGUCUGAACGCGGAAGUGUUCAGUCUUUGAAUAACAGUGGCCCCCAGUCCAAAUCUAGUGGAAGCACUAAUUCUACGCAAGGAACUCUUCCAAGGAAGACCUCCAAGACCAGUGGGACUAUAUCUGCACCGCAGAGUUCUCCAACUCCUAGCAAGCGCAGUAUGUUAUCAAACUUCAGCCACACAUCUGGUUUAGAAAAUGGAAUGAGAACAAGCAAAAGUAUACCAGAUAAUCUUUCAGUUGGACAUAAAAGACAGUCUUCUUUAACGCCUUCGGUAGCUGUAUCUCGAGUAUCCGUGGCAUCAGAGCGAAGCAUAUCCGAGGUGGACUUAAGUGGAGGUGCCGCAGGAGGAAAAGAGGAUACAGCAAGCAUCAGAAGCAGAUCUGUUCCAGGAGGACUGAACAAUGAAUUGUACCUUGAUGAGGCCGAAGAGGAUAUUGACGAGUUGAUUAAUUCACACAAUUCAGGCAAUUCAGGAAACAUGAGAAAUGCAUUCUCUACUAAUGUUGAGGCAGUCGCCGACCGAAAAUGGAGCCACUUAAACGUUCCGGAUGCUGACGCAGAUACCACAAGUCUCAACAGCAUGACAAGCGUCUACAGUGAAAUGGGAGACUAUGGGAACGUUAAAGUCACUGGAGAAAUCUUGCUGAACAUUAAUUACAGCUACAAAACUGGGGCUUUGAACAUACUGGUGAAAAAUUGCAGAAAUCUUGCUGUGGCUGAUGAGAAGAAGAACAGAACAGACCCGUAUGUCAAGGCAUAUCUGCUUCCUGAUAAAUCACGCCAAAGUAAGAGGAAGACAAAAAUAAAGACCAAUACAACUAAUCCAGAUUUCAAUGAAACCCUAAAGUAUGUCAUCAGUCACACCCAACUGCAAACCAGAACGUUACAGUUGUCUGUCUGGCAUAAUGACCGGUUUGGGCGCAACAGCUUUCUUGGAGAAGUAACUAUCCCAUUGGACACACGGAACUUUGAGAACCAAGAGGAUGAAUGUUUACUACUGCAGCCCAAGGUGGACUUGGCAUCUGAAUCCACACUUCAGUAUAAGGGAGAGAUUACCAUUGGUUUGCGCUACACACCACCAGAAAAAAACUUAACACUGCCUUUAGAACCAGUAAUAGGUAAAAAAAGUUUUAGGAGAUCCAAGAAAGGAAGUAUACAGAUGCCAAAAGGUGGAAUAUUAGAUGUGAUUAUAAAAGAAGCCAAAAACCUAACAGCUGUUAAAUCGGGUGGAACUUCAGACACAUUUGUUAAAGGAUAUUUACUACCGGACAACAGCAAAUCAUCGAAGCACAAAACUCCAAUCAUAAAGAAGAAUGUGAACCCUCAAUGGAAUCACACAUUUUCUUUUACAAACCUACAGCCAGCGGACCUUCAAACCAUCUGCCUAGAACUUACAGUGUGGGACAAAGAAUCCCUAUCUAGCAACGUUUUCCUGGGUGGCGUCUGCUUGGGCUGUGGAAGCGGUUUAAAUUCUGGAAAUGAAGUAGACUGGGUAGAUGUACAAGGAGAAGAACAUUUCUUAUGGCAAAGGAUGAUUGACAACCCUGGGACUUCGGUUGAAGGGACCCUUAUGUUAAGAUCUACUUUGGCCAAGCAGAAGAGCCCUGCAUUGAAGGCUUGAACCUAUCCAAUAUCCAAAUAGACCAGUUGUAAGCAGACUUUAAUUGUUUCAGAGACAUCUCUGGGGAUGGAAUUGGAUAUGAGUUUUUGGCACCAGUUGCACUACUGCCAUGUCUCGUACGCCGGUGAUUAAAAGAUGGCUACUGUAUGUAAGGUGUAUAUAUAAAGCAUGUAUUAAAGUGCUAAUGAGGCAUUUUCUACAAAAAAAUAGAAGAGCGAUGUCAAGGAGAUUCCAAAGGUUCACACAUUUCUCGAUAUUUUCCAGAAAUAUUAAGUCACUCAAAACAUGUACAUUCCAAUUUUUUGUAGAGCUCCUUUUUACAAAUUAUUCUAAAAUAUUAGUUUUUAACUGAAAAUCCGAAGCACAAACAUGAUGUACAACAUUGCAGCAUUAUAAUUUAUUAUUUUAUAGCAUAUUUUAUGCCUUCAAUAGCUUUUCAUUUCUCAGAAAGUAGACAAACUGUAACGGAAGGCUGGUUUUCUAUUGUACUGGUCGAUGUCACUGUUUGCAAGAGGCAAAGAACGUUUUUUAAUACCGUUUACUUUUAUAAGAAACCUACAAUUUUAUCCCACAAAAUUCAAUUACCGCAACGUAUUUAUGAAUGGAGGUAUGUUCCCCAAAAUGCCAAUCCUGCCUUGAAAUUAACCCCCAUUGGACACCUAAGGUGAUUUGUUUGUAGCCCUUUGUGUCUCUUCUACUGAAAAUUAAGUUAUUUGCUAAUAAAGAUAAAGAUUAAGUGAGAAAUUACACAGAGACAUAUCAUAAAAUUAUUGCCGUCAUUAAUCUUAAUUAAAUUGUGUAAAAAAAAGGUAAGAGAGUAUGUAUUUUAUUAUCAUUAUUUAUAUAUGUGGAAUCUUGUCAAUCAUUAAACGUAACUAUUUUUACAACUAUGAAAGACGUGUAAUUGAAUAAUACAGCAUUUCUACCCCCGUCCAGCAUUUCUAGCUGCAAAUGUGUAUUUUUUUUAUACAUAAAAAAUAGAUCAAAAGUGUUAGGAUUUUGUGUCCAUCCUUUACAAAUAUGUAAUAAGCUACAUAGUUCUUGAAAA